CCCCCUGAGGUGGGUGCCCCCUUCGCUUCCCCCCAAGGUGCCGUGGAGCUGUGGGAGCUGGACGAGAACGAAACUCUGAUCGUCAACAAGUUCUGUAAAUAUGAGCACGAUGACAUCGUCAUGGCGGUGGCCGUCCUGGCCAGCAACAACCAGGCUGUCAGCGGCGGCCGGGACUUCAGCGUCAAGGUCUGGGAUCUCCCGCAGCAGUCAGUGCUGCACUCCUACAGAGCUCACUCUGGUUCAGUGACAUGCGUGGCUUCCUGUCCUGGUAAGGACACUGUGUUCCUGUCCUGUGCUGAGGACAGCAGAACUUUACUCUGGGACACCAGAUGCCCCAAACCAGCUACUCGAAUCGUUUGCAGUGCCUGUAAUCACCUCCCUACCUCAGUCAUGUGGCAUCCACAGAAAAGUGACAUCUUUGCUUUGGGUGAUGAAAAUGGAACAGUUGCACUAGUAGACACAAAGAAUCCUGAUUCUGCCCUCAGCUCCACCGUGCAUGCCCGAAGUAUCACGGGAUUUGCGUUUUCUACACAUAGCUCACCCUUGCUGGCUUCAAUCAGUGAAGACUGUUCAGUAGCUGUUCUUGACUCAGACCUCUCCGAGGUGUUCAGAAACCGUUCUCACCGAGACUUUGUCAAAGGCUUAUCCUGGUCUCCCUCAGACAAUGCCUUGCUCACUACAGUUGGAUGGGAUCAUCAGGUUUUACAUCACACUGUCCCCAUGCCAACUGGUGAAGCUUCUGGAGUCAACUGUGUAAAAGAAUAGUUUUAUAAACUCACAGUCCAAAUUCCUUCCUGGCAUUACUUUGAUUCUGCUGAAGUCAAAGGUGUGUGUGAACCAGAGCGGGUAGGGUCUGUUUGCCUUGAAGCUGGUGACUAAGACGGUUCCUGUAGUAAUUUUGAAUUAGACUUAAGUUAGUUACAAACCAAGCUUUACCCUCUCCUAAGGAGUUGGCUUCACCUGUGAUAAGACUUGAGUAUUUUACCCAGAAAAAAAAAAAAUUGACUUCAGGCACAGAGGAGACUUGGAAAGACAAGGAAUUAUGUAUAAUUUAAUAAAAAGACUGGAUUCCUCCUUCCGUUCUCCAACCCAUCCAUGCAAUUAAUUAGAAAGGCUUUAUUGGUGGAGGUUAAAAACAAGAGCCCCCCUUGAGUAAAGGUCUGUCUUUGCUCUGCAAACCAGUUCUUGCGGCCGAGGAGGCCUUGGCGUUUCGGGAGGGGAUCCAGGGUUGCCCUUGCGGCAGCAGGUGCUGGGGGGGUUGGUCUGUGAUGCCUCCGAGCGCGGAGCCCGCGGCGAGCACCACGGACCCCCGGCGUGAGGAGCCUGUGUGCUGCCUGAGGCACCCGGCCGUGGCCCCGUAAUUAAACACCUUCUUGACGGGGCACGGCCCGUGCUGCUCGUCGGUGGCUUCGCAGCUGGGCCGGCUCAAAGCAGCGCGGCAAGCCAAGGGAAGCUAGCGGUUGCGGUGCUGUUUGACACCGUGUUUGUCUCCUCUGUGCUGAAGACAACUUACGCAAAGAUAAGACCUGUGAACAAAAGUUGAUGUAAGGGAAAAACUGGACUUAAGGACUUCAGUUUUCAUUUGCUUGCUCCUGUAAACAGACUCUGCUUAGCGGUAAAUGAGGCUUCUCACGCACUUGUGAUGAGUGACUUUGUGCUGGCGACUGAGGGGACCGAGCACUCCCGUAGUCCCCAAAACAGACUCCACGUAAUCCUUAGAGGUGUUUGGGUUUUUUUUUUUGUAGUAUACCACAUACUUUUCAAACUAAACUAUUUCCCUGGAACACAUUUAACUGAAAGAAAUUGUUGCUCUGCAUGCAUUGCUACUACUCUAGAUAUGGCUUGGUCUGGCCUAGUAUUUCCUAGACAGAAUAAAGCAGGUCCUGACUAAUGAAACAAAAAAUACUACUGAAACAAAUACUACUUCUGUUUCUUUAGCACAUUAACAACACUAAAAUGUACCCCACUUCCAGUGGGCUUACCCUGUAUAAACAUCAGUGUUGGAUGAGCCAAAUUCCAGAGCCCACAGUUGUUAAUGCAGGCUAAG